UAGUUCCUGAAAAGUUACAUCAUUUAGAUUUAGGACUAUUUGCAUAUCAAAUUCGAUAUACAAGAGAGCUGUUAAAAUCUAUAAAUAAUAAUUUAAUUGAAAAAAUGGAUUUUAGAUUAUCAAAAAUACCAAGAUUUUUUAAUUUAAAAAUAUUUAAGUAUGGUUUGAAUGAUUUGUCACGUUUAACAGCUAUGGAAUAUAGACACUUAAUGAAGAUUAUGGUAUUUAUAGUUGAUAAUAUUAUUUCAAAUAAUAGAGAUUUAAAUAAAAAAUUAGUAGAAGUAUAUAUUCUUUGGGGAAAAAUGUAUUUAAUGACUAGAUAUGAAUCUUUUACUGAAAAUGACAUACAAUUAUUUGAGUAUUAUAUGAAAGAAUGGGCUAAAUUAUUUGUGGAAUUAUUUAUUUCUUUUUCACCAUCCAAUUUAAAACUUCCAAAGCUUCAUCAUUUCAUUUAUCAUAGUAUUGAAACUAUACGUAUGUUUGGAUCCAUUAAUGGAUAUAAUGCUGAAACUUAUGAAAGUCUUCAUAAGUAUUUUGUAAAAAUUCCUUAUCACCAAUCAAAUAAAAAAAAUAUUAAUGAGCAAAUUUUAACUCAGAUCAGUAGAAAAUCUUUAAUAAAUUCAAUAUUUAAUUCAAUAAAAAAUAUUAAAAAACAUAUAAUACCUGAUUCAUUAAAAAAUCCUAUUACUGAAAAAAUUAAUUUUAAGUUAAUUGAUGACAUGAUAAAUAAUUUUAAUAAGGAAGAAAUUCAGGAAGAAUUUUAUUUAGGUUUUAUAAAAUUGAAAGAUUGUUUACAAACUUAUUUUGAAAUACUUCAACCUGAUUUUUUAGAACAUUACAAAAUUCCUGAAUUCACUACAAUUCAAAUAUUUACAUCUGCCAAAUUAAAAAAUGGAGAAAUAAUUAGAGCAACCAAUUCAUUUCAUAAUAAGCCAUUUUUCAGCAAUAUAUCAGUAGAAAUGAGUGAAUCAGAUGUUAAUAGUUAUCCAACAGAUAAUGGACUAUGUUAUGCCAAGGUGUUAUUAAUAAUAAAAAUUGAGAUUCCUACUGUUAAAAAGGAAUUUGAUGUUGCUCUUGUACAUUGGUAUGAUUACAAAAAUUUAAAAGAAAAUUUAUUAAUGUAUGAUUGUCCUCAUAUGAAAUUGGUAGAUGAUUUUCAUAUUAUACCAAUUGAAGCUAUUUUAAAAAAUGAACAU